UGUAGAGCUUUCAACUGAAACUUUUCAUUUUUUUGGCUACUCAUUGCUUAUUCCCUAGGAGACAUUUCUUUGCUAACUGAAAAAUACUCCUAAACUCAGGGGGGAAGCGAAUCCGCCACCUUAGACCUAUCGUCAGUCCCAGGAAGACAAACCAGCAUGGCGGACGCAAUUCCCAUCAUUGCCUGGUGGUUCAUCGAUAAGAAAAAGGCCUUAGAGACCGAACAGAAGUACAGGGAGACGAAUAAACGGAUCGCCGAGGUUAUCCUUGCUCAAGAGCAGGAGCGUACAGCUCGUCAGGAAGUUGAACGUAAAGAAGAGCAAGAACGCUUAGGUCGACAAGAAGCUGAAUGCCGGGAGAAACAAGAACGUCUGGCUCGAGAAAAUGCCGAGCGUAAAGAACAGCAAGAACGGCUGGCCCGACAGGAAGCAGAACACAGAGCAGAGGAAGAUCGUCUAGCCCGAGAGCAAGCGGAAUACAACUUGGAACAAGAACGCUCAGCUCGGCAUGAAGCAGAAAAUCGGGUGCAAGAGGAACGUCAGGCCCGAGAAGAGGCUGAACAGAGAGAAGAGAAGGAGCGUUUAGCUCGACAAGAGGUAGAGCUCAAGCUAGAGCAAGAAUGUUUAGCUCUAGAGAAAGAAUGUUUAGCCCGAGAGCAAGCGGAACUCAGACUAGAAGAGGAGCGCUUAGCUCGACAAGAGGCAGAGCUCAAGCUAGAGCAAGAAUGUUUAGCUCUAGAGAAAGAAUGUUUAGUUCGAGAGCAAGAAUGUCUAGCCCGAGAGCAAGCGGAACUCAGACUAGAAGAGGAGCGCUUGGCCCGACAUGAAGCGGAGCGAAAAGAGGAAGAAACGCGCCUGGCCCUAGAUCUGGCAGAACACAAUGAAAGAAUAGCCCGAGAGGCAAACGAAAAAGAACGAUAUGAACAUGAACUACAAUUACUGGGGAUUCGAGCAGACCGCGAAAUGAUAACCGAUGCCGAUAUGAAGGGUGCCCGAGAAGCUGCAGGAUACGAAGAAGGGCGCGUCAAUAUCGCUGUUAUCGGCAGCCGAGGAUCGGGUAGAUCCUCUCUCAUCGACUCAUUGAGAGGCUUGAGUCUCGGUGAUUGGGGUUCGGCCAGGGUGGGUGAGAUGUUUAUAACUAGGCGGACCAAAUAUAAAGAUGACUACCACAAGAACAUUUUGUGGCAUGAUAUCCCAGCAUUUGAGACUCACGAUGCCUCGGCAACCGAUUACUAUUUUAAUAAUUGCCUGUACGCCUACGAUAAAAUUGUGUUUGUCCACAACACAAAGUUGACUGAGCCGGAUCUGAGAGUCCUGAAACUGUGUCAAUAUAGGAAACAAGAAUGGAUUUCGGUACGCUCUCAAGCCGAUUUCCAAAUGUGGAGCUGCAAACGACGGAAGGGAAUACCUCUCGCUGAAGCGCGCCAGUGCUACAUCGACGCUGUUCGGGCGGAUAUGGCUACGUACGACGCGCUAGACGCGAAGAUGGUCCCAGAUCUAAAGCUGUCUGUAAAAGACUACAUCGUCUCGGAAGCGGGUGUCCUCCAGCUCGUCACUGGCUCCAAGCCAUCCGACGACCCGUUCGAACAAUUGAUCGACGAAGCCGCCUUUCUAGAGAAGUUAGGGUUGUCGCCUGGAUGUGUGGAAGGCGAAUAGGGGCGUCAUGCUAUUUGACAUACUUUGCA